AUGUCACUCGAAUCUUAUCCUGGCUUGUUAAAAUGGACUGGCAAUCGGAAUAGUCAACGUAUUAAUAUUUCUAAACUAGUUAAAGUAACCUUUAAAAGUGAUUUUGAAGUAAGUUUAGUACAAAGAGUAAAGAGUUUGGAUGGCACUUUGGCAUAG